AUGACACUGGUUCCCUGGAAGCUGGGUCGACCCCUCGUCUGGGACGCCACGUGCGUGGACACGCUCGCGCCGUCCCAUCUUCCAGGGACCUCUUCCAGGGCUGGCGCCGCUGCCGAUGCGGCCGAGCAUCUCAAGCGGCGCAAAUAUGCAGCCAUAGACACCGGCUGCAUGUUUGAGCCGUUUGGUGUGGAGACGCUUGGGCCGUGGGGUCAAGGCGCGCACAGCAUUUACAAAGAAUUAGCCAAGCGCCUUAUAGACGCAACGGGUGACCGGAAGGCUGGAGCCUACCUCGCCCAACGCAUUGGCGUUGCCGUUCAGCGCGCCGGAUCUCUGAAGCAAGAACACAGCAAGAUUGUAGUAACAAGAAACAACCACAACAAGGAAGAUGAAGAGUCGUCAGAAAAUACCGCAAAAUCUCCGAGCUCCGAGGAAACCGGCACCACGUCAGGCACCGGCACCACGUCGGGUACCGGCAUCACGUCGGGCACCGGCACUACGUCGGGCACCGGCACUACGUCGGGCACAGGCACUACGUCGGGCACAGGCGCAACGUCGGACUCAGCGAAGACGUUGGACACAGCUGCAUCGUCGGGUACGGGCGCCAUCAGGAAGACGCGUCCCACACCAGAGGACCUACCCGGGCCGAGCAACGCCGUCCACCCCGCUGACACGUCGGGCAUUAAGGCCACGCCUGCGGCCAGCCUCGCCGCCACGAUCGUCGAGCGCAACCCCGUCGAACUGAUGCCGCCACCGAGACCGCCGACGAAGCCCGCUCGGUCACACCGAUCCAAGGCCUCCAGCAAGAGACUCCUCGCGGAGUUGGAGGCCAAGGAGAGGUUAGCCGAGCUAGAACUGAAGCGCGUGCAAGCGGAAACCGAGCUAGCGAGAAUACGUCAAGAAAGAAUAGACCUGGCGUCAUCAAGAGAGGAGUCAGAAGAGGAAGAGGACCUCGCUCCACAGCGCAUCGCUGACUGGUUCAAUCGCCGACCCGAACGAGCGACAACAUUAGAAGAGGCCGCCCAUAUAGAAGAAACGCAAGAGCCCGCCGCGCGCACUACUAGACGACGCGCGCGACCGGAAACAUACGAAGAUGCUCGUGCGAUGGACGUGUCGUCGCUAACCGCCGCCCUCACAGAAGCCAUUCAAGCCAGCAAGUCUUACAAGAAGUACAUACCUGACCUGCCGACGUUUAGUGGCCUGUGUACCGAGUGGCUACAAUUUAAGGCCGCGUACAACGAGUCCGCGCCCAGUUUCUCCGCAAGUGAAAACGUCGCCCGUAUAAGAAGAAGUCUAAAAGGUGUCGCCUGGGAGGCCGUCAGCGCCCUCCUCAUCAGCCAGCCGCAUCCAGAAGACGUCAUCAAAGCACUAGAAAGAAGAUACGGAAGGCCAGACGCACUACUUGUCAACGAACUGGAGAAGCUAAAGGGACUGCCGCGCCUCACCGACAACCCACGUGAUCUGUGCAUAUUCGCCAGCCGGAUCGCUAACACAGUGACGACUAUCGAGAUAUUGAAGAAGCCGCAGUAUCUCUACAACCCCGAGUUACUGCGGUCGAUAGUUGACAAGUUAUCGCCGAUAAUUCGCAACAAGUGGUACGACUACGCAGCUACAAGAGAAGAGACGCCCGAACUUAAGAAGAUUGCCGACUUUUUGAAUAAUGAAGCCGACAAGUGCACGCCUUACGCUCCGCCUGAAAAUACAACGGAACAUAAAGAAGUAAGAAGUGCAAGAAAGAAGCCCGAGCGAACCUACGCCGCCGCAGUCGAAAUCAAUAAGAAGCCAAAAGAAGAGAAGCCGGCGUGCCCGUUAUGUGAGCACGCUACGCACCAAUUGCCGUCGUGCCCGCAGUUUAUGAAGAUCGACACGAACGAGCGCUGGGAGGUGGCCAAGAAGAACAACAUUUGCUACCGAUGCCUCGUCAGCAAGCAUCGACGCUUCGCCUGCCGCGCCAAGCCUUGUGGCCAGCAGGGCUGCCCCAUGAGACAUCAUCGCCUACUACACCACGAGAAGUCGCCACCCGCGGCCGCCGCUGCAGCCGCUGCCGAGCCACCCUCACCACGCAAGCCAGAAGAAGUCGUGGCCUCGGCAGUGAACCAGAUCGCCUGCGCGACAGCACAAACAAGACGCGCCUACCUGAAGAUAGUACCAGUCACACUACGCGGCCCGCGGGCGGAAGCAGACACUUUCGCUCUACUAGAUGAAGGCAGCACCGUGACAAUUAUCGACUCGGCGCUGGCGGACACACUCGGGCUCAACGGCCCCACCGAACCAAUGUGGGUGCAGGGCAUAGGCGGGAAAGAGAUGGAGCACAAUCAGAGCAGGAGGGUCGAGGUCUACAUACGCAACAAGUACGGCGGGCAGGAGCAGCGCAUACCAAACGCGCACACCGUCGGCAGUCUGGGCUUCACCACACAAUCCAUAGGUGCGAGCGAGAUAGAGGGCUGCACACAUCUCAGAGGACUCAAGCACAAGUUAACCUACCAAGGCGCAACCCCACAAAUACUCAUCGGUCAAGACAACUGGGAGCUAAUCGUGUCGCGGGAAAUAAGAAAAGGACGGCGCGAUCAACUCGUCGCUUCAAGAACCCUACUAGGAUGGGUACUUCACGGCUGCCGCACCACUAGAGCGGAGCCGAUCGCGUACUGCUGUGCGCACCUCACGCGGGCCAAGUCGAACGAAAACAUAGAAGAAACAAUGAAGAAAUAUUUCGCUCUCGAGUCCCUAUCAAUCGAGCCGAGGCGACCGAGCAGCGAUCCCGAACAACAAGCGCUUCGCAUAUUAGAAGAAAAGAGCCGCCGCUUACCCGACGGCAGGUUCGAGACGGGGCUACUGUGGCGCAACCAAGAAGAAAGAAUACCCAACAAUCGCAACGACGCACUGAAGCGGCUACACACGCUCGAGAGGAAGCUGGAUCGAGACGCAAACCUGAAACAACAAUACAACGAGCGCGUCAACAAUCUACUCACCUCAAGCUACGCCGAGCGCGCGGCCACGCCACCAAGCGGCAGGACGUGGUACCUACCUCACUUCGCCGUCUGCAACCCAGAGAAGCCGAAGAUAAGACUGGUCCAUGAUGCUGCGGCCACCUCACACGGCCGCAGCCUCAACGACAUGCUGCACACGGGUCCAGAUUUCCUGCAAUCACUACCCGGCGUCAUCAUGAAGUUUCGUCAACACAGCAUCGCAGUCUCAGCUGAUCUGAAAGAGAUGUUCAUGCAGAUCAAGAUACGCGAAGAGGACAGGGACGCACUCCGCUUCCUAUGGAGGGGCGAUCGCCGCGAGGGAGAGCCAGAAGAAUACCGCAUGACUUCAGUUAUAUUCGGCGCGUCGUCAUCGCCGUGCACCGCUCUAUACAUCAAAAAUAGAAACGCACGAGAGCACGCGACACAGUACCCGGAGGCUGCGCGAGCAAUAGAGCGCAACCACUACAUGGACGACUAUCUCCAGAGCUUCAACACAAUAGAAGAGGCAAGACAAGUAACAAGAGACGUCGAUCAUGUACACCAACAAGCCAAGUUUCAGCUGCGUGGGUGGGCUACGAACGAAUAUGAAGCAAUAAGAGACGUCGUCGGCAGCGAAGAGCGAGAGGGAAACACUGUCCCUAUCGGCGGGAGCGAGAUAGAAAAAACGCUCGGCCUGCUGUGGGACACAAACGAAGAUAGCAUCCGGUUUCGCCUCAACACUAGAAGAGCUCAGCCCGAGGUGGUCAAUGACCUCCGGCCUCCGACGAAGAGAGAAGCCCUGAGCAUCAUAAUGUCAAUAUUUGACCCGCUCGGCCUGAUUUCACCUAUCACUACGCCGGCCAAGCGAAUAAUGCAAGACACGUGGCAACAUAACACGAGCUGGGACGAAGCUAUACCAGAAGAUCUGCGGGAGCGCUGGAGCGAGUGGCUACAACAACUGCGAGACCUAGGUACCCUAAAGAUACCUAGAUGCUACGACGCAACGCCUGCCGCCGUGCGCGAGCUACACACUUUCGUCGACGCUAGUGAAGAAGCAUACGCCGCCGCCGUGUACUGGAGGAUGACGCGAGCCGACGGGUCAGUCAAAAUAGCCCUGGCCGCCGCCAAGAGUCGCGUCACACCUAGGAAGCCCAUCUCCAUACCUAGACUGGAGCUGCAGGCGGCCGUCCUAGGCGUACGGCUAGCAAGAACAGUGAUAGAAGAGCACGACUUCGAGAUCGCUUCAAAAAUAUACUGGAGCGACUCUCGCACGGCGCUAGCAUGGAUACGCGCCGAGCCCCGUACAUUCAAGACGUUCGUGGCCCACAGACUCGCCGAGAUAGAAGAUCACACUAAGAAAAACGAGUGGAGAUGGGUACCGACAGCACACAACGUAGCCGACGACGCGACCCGCGCCACACCAGCUGACUUCGAUACGAGCCACAGAUGGUUCGUUGGCCCGUCAUUCCUGUACAAUGAAGAAUCGACUUGGCCCCGUGAAAAUAAAGUCGAAGUUCCCGUGACCGGUGAAGAAAAAGAGACGUGUGCUGCGACAGCCGCCGUGCCUGAAAAUAAACACGCGGCCAUACCUAAGUUCGAGCGCUUCUCAAAGUGGACGCGACUACUACGUGCGACCGCACGUGUGCUACAGUUCAUCGACCUCGUGCGCCCUCGACCCCGUGACCCCGCCCGGCCCGCGACACAACUUAUCGCGGCGGCCAGGCGCAAACGAACGCGCGCAAACGAGACACAAGACGGCGCCUGGAACAAGCGUGCCACUCACACACGCACACCUGUCAAGAUCGCCGCUACGCCGCCACAAGAAGAUAAGAAGUACUUAGUGUUAGAAGCCAAAUACCUAAGUGCCGCCGAGAAACUACUAGUACCUACGCGCCUCACAAGAAGAUAG